ACGUCUUCCGAUUUGAGCUGCGGAGAAAGAGGGAUAAAGCUUCACUCAUACCCUCUCUUUCUCUUCCUCUUUCCCUUUUCCUUUCUCUCUCCUCUUCCUAUUCAUCCUUUCCCUCUCAAAUUUUGGGGAUCCCUAAUAUCUAGGGCUCUUUUCAUUUUCUGGGCUGCAGGAUGGACGGUAUGAACAGCUUUUGGCAACUGGGUGAUGAACUUCGUGGACAGUCAAGAGUGUCAGAAGAUCACAAAUGGCUGAUGGCAGCGUCAAAGUUAGCUGAGAAGACUAGAUCAAAGGGGGAGCGCAUGAAUAAUAUUGACUAUUCUAAAGGAGCUGCUGAUAUAAGGCCAAGGGAUAGAUUUGGGUUCCAAGAAGAUAACAAAUUUGAAAGCCUCAACUUUAACAUGUUGAGCCUGGAAUCUAAGGGGCCUGAAAAUUUGAGCAAAAGCUCUUUCAGGAACAAUGUUUACAAUAUGAAUGCUGUCUAUCAGAAGAGCAACACUAACAUUGUUGAGAACAUGCCCAUUAACAAGUCUAGCUUCAACCACCACAUCAACAAGGAGCUCAUCAACAACAACAGCAAUGAAAGUGCAAACGAUAAAAGGUUCAAGACCUUACCUGCCGCAGAGACACUUCCUAGGAAUGAGGUGCUUGGUGGAUACAUCUUUGUGUGUAACAAUGACACCAUGCAGGAGAAUCUCAAGCGACAGCUAUUUGGUUUACCCCCAAGGUACAGGGACUCUGUUCGAGCAAUAACUCCCGGUUUACCUUUAUUCCUUUACAACUAUACAACUCACCAGCUUCAUGGCAUAUUUGAGGCAUCUACUUUUGGGGGUUCAAAUAUAGAUCCAACUGCAUGGGAGGAUAAGAAAUGCAAAGGUGAAUCAAGGUUUCCUGCACAGGUGAGGAUUUGCAUUAGAAAGCUUUGCACAGCCCUGGAGGAAGAUUCCUUUAGGCCUGUCCUGCAUCACUAUGAUGGUCCCAAGUUCCGUCUUGAACUUUCAGUCUCAGAGACCCUGGAGCUGCUCGACCUUUGUGAACAAGCGGGAAUGUAAUCUGUCUAAGCUGGUUGGUUGUAGAAUUGCGCCAGCAUAUUGUAGAUUGCACCUUGUGUCUGUAAUAUGGUGAGCCAAAGUUUUCCGUGAAGCGCAAGCUUGGAAGAUGAGUUCUGGCUUGGGUUUAUUUAUCAAAAAGUAGAGAAUGUGCUCGAGUAAAAUAAAUGUGUUAAAAAGUGUUGGUAAUCAUAUAUUGUAACUUAUUGCAGAGGAGUGAUUCUAGCUUUUGUAUUAUCUGAUGGCAGAAUUUCAAUGAAAAAAGGAAAAAAAAUGAAACGAGAAAAUCCAUGUAUCUGUAUUUCGUGACUAUAUACUUAAUCUACUAAGUAUUAUUCA